AUGGACAACCAGACACACAAGGCCCACCGCCCGGCACAGUCGGGCGCAAAGGCCGACAAGAAAAAGUCGGCCAAGGGCAAGGGCAAGGAGAAGCAGCACGGCUUCAACGAAAAGGCAUUCGCCCCGAAGUCCGGUCGCAGGGCCGACAAACAGGGCCGUCGCACCGCUGAGCGGGACCAGGCUCGUCUCCAUGUCCCCCUCGUCGACCGCACUCCCGAUGACCAGCCUCCGCCCACCGUCGUCGCCAUCGUCGGACCACCAGGCGUCGGGAAGACCACCCUCAUGAAAUCCCUCAUCCGCCGCUAUACCAAGCAGACCCUCAACCACAUACAAGGUCCUGUCACCGUCAUCAGCGGCAAGAAGAAGCGGAUAACCUUCGUUGAGUGCAAUAACGACCUCAACUCCAUGAUCGACAUCGCAAAGGUCGCAGACCUGGUCCUUCUCAUGAUCGACGGCUCCUACGGAUUCGAGAUGGAAACCUUCGAGUUCCUCAACGUCCUUCAAGCCCACGGCUUCCCCAAAGUAAUCGGUAUCCUUACCCACCUUGACCUCAUCAAGAAGGCGGCCAUUCUCAAGGCCACCAAGAAGGCCCUCAAGAAGCGUUUCUGGACGGAGAUCUACCAAGGCGCGAAACUCUUCUACCUCUCCGGUGUUCUCAAUGGCCGCUACCCCGACAACGAGAUCCUCAACCUCUCCCGUUUCGUGUCCGUCAUGAAGUUCCGUCCCCUUGUCUUCCGCAACACCCACCCCUACAUGCUCGCCGACCGCUUCGAGGACCUCACGCCACGCGAGGAGAUCCGCUCGUCCGGAGGCAAAUGCGAUCGGACGGUGACCCUCUACGGGUACAUGCGUGGCACAAACUACCGGACAGGGACCAAGGUGCACGUUCCUGGAGUGGGAGACUUGGAAGUCAAGAGCGUGCAGCUGCUCGGUGACCCUUGUCCGCUGCCCGACGCCGAGUCCGAGAAGAGGAGGAAACUGAGCGAGAAGAAGAAGCUGCUCAUCCACGCGCCGAUGAGCGACGUGGGCGGCGUGAUGUACGACAAGGACGCGGUAUAUAUCAACGUGCCCGGGAACUUCACAAAGGGUGGAAUGGAAAAUCCCGGAGAGGGCGAAAAAAUGGUCCUCGAUCUACAGGACGUCAACGCUACGCUGGAAGACGCCGUCGCGCAGAGUCAGAUCAAACUCUUUGGCUCUUCCUCUCGACCACUCGCCGUGCAAGCCGAAGCUGGUCCCAGUUCGCUCAAGUCGAGAGACGACGACCCCGAUCUAUCUAACUCGGACGAAGAGGAGGGCGAUGAUGACGACGACGACGACGACGACGACGAAGCAUUCAGUGGUGAUGAAGACGAAGAAUACGGUUCUGACGACGGCCUAGAGGAUGGGUCCCAUUUCGGCGAAGAUGACGAAGAGGACCUGGGCAACAGUGGUCGCUCAGCCCCUCGGACUGUUCGGCGGUCGAUACAGGGCAUUCGAUCAUCUGCCGGAAAACGAGGUCAAGUCGACUACGCGGACAGCGACUCGGACCUUGGCGAAGAAAAUGAAGACGAUCCUGGGCCGUCGAAACGAUACGUCCGGUUCGACGAGGACGACGGUAUCGAUCUCCCCAGCGACGAGGACGAAGACGGUGGUAGCGGGGACGAAGAGGAUGCACCUCAGUGGAAGGCGAAUAUGAGCGAGAGGGCGCAGAAAGCCUUCCGGGAAGCGACGAAGUCUCGACGACGAAAAGACUGGACGAAACUCAUCUACGACACCACCGAGUCGCCUGAGUCGAUACUGGGUCAUGGUUCCAGGACGGGGGGUGCUUCGCGUGGAGACGCCAUGGACGACGACGAACUAUUCACACUGAAGAGCAGUGCCCCCGUCAAGACAGAAGAGGACCUCGAUCGUACAAAGGAGCCUCUGGACUUGGAGGCGCUGAAGGAGUGGGAAGACGAAGGGCUACUCGACUCGAUCCGUAGGCUUUUUAUCACUGGCGCGGCAGAGCCUGCGGAGGGUGUCGACUCAAAUGGCGAGCCGUACGAAGACCCCGAAGAUGGUGACGGCCACGGGGAGGAUGACGAGGACGGGGACGGCAGCGCAGACGGCAAGGGCAAGCGUGCGAAGGAUCCCGCCGAGCUCGCCACGAAAAAGGCCGAGCUGAAGCGCAAGUUCGACGAGCAGUACGAUGAGCCCGACGCUACCAAGUCCGACUUCUACAACGAGGCCAAGGAGGAAAUGGCCCGCCAGAAGGCACUCAACGCGGCCGAGUUCGAAGGUGUUGACGCCGAGGCGCGGGCUCUUCUCGAAGGCUUCCGCCCCGGCGCGUACGUCCGCCUCGAGCUCACCGACGUGCCGGCGGAGAUGGUCGAGCACUUCGACCCCACAUUCCCGCUCGUCGUCGGUGGCCUGCUCCCCGCCGAGGAGCGCUUUGGGUACGUGCAGGUGCGCAUCAAGCGGCACAGGUGGUUCCCGAAGACGCUCAAGACAAACGACCCGCUCAUCUUCUCACUCGGCUGGCGGCGGUUCCAGACGGUGCCGAUCUAUUCGCUCGACGACCACUCGAUCCGGAUGCGGAUGCUCAAGUACACACCGGAGCACAUGCACUGCUACGCGACGUUCUACGGGCCCGCGAGCGUGCCGAACACGGGCUUUUGCGCGUUCAACGCGCUCGGGCGGGACGCGCCCGGCUUCCGGGUGAGCGCGACGGGCGUGGUGCUCGACAUCGACCGGUCGACGAAGAUCGUGAAGAAGCUGAAGCUGACCGGGGUGCCGUUCAAGAUCUUCAAGAACACGGCGUUCAUCAAGGGCAUGUUCUCCUCCGCGCUCGAGGUCGCCAAGUUCGAGGGUGCGAACAUCCGCACCGUCUCCGGCAUCCGCGGCCAGGUCAAGAAGGCCCUCCCCAAGCCCGACGGCGCCUUCCGCGCCGCGUUCGAGGACAAGAUUCUGAUGAGCGAUAUCGCGUUCCUCCGCGCGUGGUACUCCAUCGAGCCCCGCCGGUUCUACAACCCGGUGACGUCCCUGCUGCUCUCCCCCGCGGACCGCGCGCGGAGCGGCUGGGCGGGCAUGCGCCUGACGGGCGCGGUGCGGCACGAGGCGGGGCUGCGCGCGCCGCACGCCCCCGACUCGGCGUACCGGCGCGUCGAGCGCCCCGCGCGGCGGUUCAACGCGCUCCGGGUGCCGAAGAAGCUGCAGGCAGCGCUGCCGUACGCGAGCAAGCCGAAGCUCGCGCGGGCGCAGCACCGCGCGCCGUACGUCGUGAAGCGUGCGGUGGUGAUGGAGCCCGAGGAGCGGAGGGCGGUCGCGCUGCUGCAGCAGGCGCGGGCGCUGCGGAAGGAGCAGGUCGCGCGGAGGCGGGAGAGGAAGGAGCAGGGGCGGGAGAGGCACCGGAAGAAGGUCGAGAAGGAGGAGGCGCAGAAGGGGGAGAAGGAGAAGGAGAAGCGAAAGGAGCACAUGCGCGUGGCGGGCGCGAGGAGCAAGCGCGAGGCGGACGCGCGGAGGGCGGGCGGGGCGGGAAGCGGAGGAGGACGUAGCGUUGAUGGCAUUCGGUCCCUUGCAUCGUGUUCCAGAUUACCGUACGUAGCGCCCAUGGGCACGCCCCCAGGGCGUUAA